UCGCAAGACAGUCAAGGCUUCGCACUGGUACACACGUUUGGGGAUCUGUAUCACAAUCAGUGUUUUAAAAAGCUGGACAGGUGUUAUGGCUGGUAGCACCACCAAGACGGUCUUCGAGAUUUUUCAGACAAUGGAUUACGGACCGUCCAGCUCGAGCUUCUCCACAGCCCAGUCCUGGUUGGAGCAACAGGGGGCUUCCCUUGGCAUCUUCCAGGAUGGGAAGUUCUCUCACCCUGCGGAUAGGCAGACACGCAGCCUAACAGACUCCACAGGCAGGGCUGUGUGCAGUCUGAUGUGUGCAGUGGAUGAGGAUGUGAGCAGCUGUGUGUCCAGUGCAGCAAGCAGCUUCAAGGCCUGGAGUCAGCUCAGCUGCCACCAGAGGGCGACACCACUCCUCAAGUUGGCGAGCGCGGUGCAGAGGCACAGCCAGUGUGUGACGGAGCUAUGUGAGGCCUCCCAGGCCCCCUGCUCCCCUGCGGCGCUGGUGCGACUGGCCCAGUUCUACGCCAGCUGGGCUCAGCUCCGCGACACACACAUGCAGGACUGGGUGCCCAGAGGUGUGGUGGCAGUGGUGGCAUCUGAUGACUGCUCAUUGUACUCCCUCUGGCUUAAGGUCUUGCCAGCUUUGGCAAUGGGUAACACGGUGGUGCUGGUUCCUGGAACGCCCACAGCACCUCCUGCCCUUCUAUUGGCUCAGCUGUUUGGAGAGGCGGGACUUCCUGCUGGAGUGUUGAAUGUGAUCACAGGAAGUGAUGCGUCUCUUGGCGCCAAAGUAGCACAGAAUAGCAAUAUGGCGUAUGUCACAUUCACUGGCACCAGACAGGAUGGUGAGGCACUGUGCAGGCAAACGGCAGGUUGGGGUGUACCGGUUUCGGUGUCUUUCCCCCUGGACUCUGUCUGCCCCUACCUCAUCUUUGAGUCUGCGGACAUCGACAGCGCUGUGGACGGGGUAAUGGAAGCGGUCUUCAAAAAGAGAAAAGAGUGCCAGUGGGUGCUGUAUGUGCAGGAGUCUGUGCUGGAGAGUGUGGUGGCCAGGCUGAAGCUCCGCCUAGCGGGCAUGAAGAGUAUUGCACUGCAGUCUGAAGCACACAGGGCCCUGGUGGACACUGCAGUACAGGAGGCUACUGCCCAGGGGGCGACGAUCAUUCAGCCAUGUCCUCCACCCCCCUCUGGUGCCCUCUACCCCCCCACGCUGCUGUGCGGGGUGGCUCCCUCCUGCCCCGCCGUGGUCUCCCCAGCCCCCGGACCAGUGCUGCCCCUCCUAACAUUUAGAGGCCCUGGAGAAGCGGUUACUCUGGGGAACCACAGUCCUCACGGCCAAGCAGCCUCCAUCUGGACUGAGGAUCUCACUCUGGCUCUGGAGACCGUCAAGAGCUUGUGUGUGGGCUGUGUGUGGGUCAACUCCCACUCUGUGUCCGACCCCUCGCUGUCUCUCUCUGGACGCAAGACCAGCGGCAACUGCACUGAUGGAGGCAGGGAGGGCCUGUACCAGUUCCUGCGGCCGUCCCACUCCCCUGCGCUGCCCCGCUGCUCUCCCUCCACUCUGGACUACGCUGGCUUUGGGGCCGCCGCUUCCAAGGCCUCGGUUCCAGAGGGAUUCGACCCCUCCAGCAUCCCUCGCUUCUAUUCCCACUUUGUGGCAGGCAAGGCCUGCAAAGCCGACUCUGGCUGCAGUAAGGCUGUUUUGUCACCAGAGGGCGCUGUGCUGGCUCUCUGCCCAGACGGGGGACGCAAGGACGUCAGGAACGCCAUGGAGGCGGCCAUUAAGAGCCAGACAGGCUGGAUGAAGAAGAGCCCCUCUGCACGUGCCCAGUCCCUGUACACUCUGGCUGGACUGGUGGCGGGGAAGAAGCAGCCACUGGCCGCCGCCAUUCACACCCAGACUGGCGCCUCAUUGGACGAGGCCAACCAGGAAGUGGACCUCGGCAUCUCGCGGCUCUACGAGUGGGCCGCCCGCUGUGACAAAGAUGUGUGCGGGGUGCCGCUCCUCCCUCAGUCUGGCUCUGCUCUGUCCAUCUCUGAGCCUGUGGGCGUCAUCGGUGUGGUUCUACCUGACUCCAAGCCCCUCCUGCCACUGCUGUCUCUGCUGGCCGCAGCAGUUGCCACGGGCAACGCUGUAGUCAUGGUGCCCAGUGAGAAAUACCCCCUGCCUGCCUUAGAGCUCAUCCAGGUGCUCCAGAGCUCUGACAUUCCUGGAGGUGUGGUGAGCAUCAUCACUGGAGGCAGAGAUCAGCUGACUCAUGCAAUAGCCAAUCACAGCGUUAUCCAGGCGGUGUGGUACUGGGGCAGUAAGGAAGGUUGUCAGUUCCUGCAGCACGCCUGCUCUAGCCCCUUGAGGCGGCUGUGGCUGCACUGUGAGGCAGAUGAACAGAAGGCCAGUGAAGGAAAGUUCUGGACCCUCCCUAAUCCCUCGCUCGUAGAGGAGAUGUGGAGGCAGGCCGUGGCCUGGAAGAGCGUCUGGAUCCCCACUGCCUAGAUAGACUGGCCUAGGCUGUGUCUGAAAUGUUCACGCCUUCACUUAUGCUGCUUUAGGGCCAGCCAGAAAGGUGCUAGGGUCCAUUCCCACACCAAUUGCGUUCGGAACCACCUGCAUUUAUACCGGCUUGUGUACUUUACUACAUGUGGCCAAUUGUUACCCGGAUGAACCUGCUGACGUUUUUGUUGUCUGUAUGGUUCCAUGAGAAAAAACAAGUAUUUAUCGAUGCACAGUGCACACAUGGAGGACCAACUUUCUGGUUUGAGGAUGCUCAAAUUUUUCAGUGUGAACAUAUCAAUUGGUUCGAAUCAGGUGUGGGAAUGGGCAUCGGCACGUUUUCUGUCGACCUGAACAAGCCAGUAGUGCUGCUUCAUAUAGUAUGGAAGUUGCAAUGUUUUGUUUCCUACAAAGUCUACUAUGUAGUGAAAGAGUGCACAUUUUGGAUAUAGACCUAGAGGAGAGAAGACACUGUGUUUAUGAAGUAUUAAAGGAAGAGAAAUUAUGGGGGGUGGGGUAUUGUAGGUCAUGGCUGAGGGAGACAUUGUGUAACACACAAUGUAAUUUGGAAGGUUUUUUUUGUUUUUUCUUUGUCUCGCUCCGGAUCUGGAUGAAUCUUUUCAUAGCACUUCUGUUUUUUUGUCGUCACAUGGAUAACUGACUGUGAGAAAAAGGAACAGACAUUACCCUUAUGGUUAGGCAUGUGAUUGUGUUGGUCUUAAAAACGCGUCUUGAAAGGGACGCAUGGUCUUAUAAAACCACACCGUUGAGUGCAUUUUUUUUUUACUUAUGAGAGGUCAGAGGUUCUGUUCUUCUGUUAGCUAAGCCAUAAUACAAUGUCGUGGUGGGGGAGGGAAAAAAACAGUUGGAAAUGUGUGAAGGGUACAUAUUGUGCUGAGAAUUGGCAGCGGAAUAAUUGCAUGUAGGUCCCCAGGCCAAAACAGUGAUAGGGCCCUCCAUACAGCCUGCUAUUGUCAUAAUAGGAGACCCAUCACCCGUAUACUCAUGAACGGCCAUCCGGGUACUUUGCUCUUAAAUGUGCGUUACGCCCCUUUAUGGGGGAUAUCAAACCGAAUGUCUCAUUAACUUACAUGGUACAUCGGCUAGCCUAAAUGAACACAGUCCGUGCUUUACCACCGAUUGACUUGCAUUGGCUGUUUUCCCCCACAAAUGGGCGUAACGCACACGGAAAACGUCACGCCGUUCAUGAGUAUUGGAGGGUCCUGGAACCUGUGGCUAAUACCCCUCUAACUCCACCCCUGCCAAGAGGUCACACGGGCACCUCUGUGCACACAGGCACCUCUUUGAGAGAUGCUACCUCUACCUCUGCAGCCAGUAACUGAAGUAUGCAGAAUGGAAUGCUUUAGAAGGAACAUGCCUCACCUCAAACAGUUCAACACGCUGCCUUAACAUUUCAGUGCAACACAAGAAACAGGGAUAUGGGGAUACAACUAAUGUCAAAAAGAUUUUGGUAAAAUGGUUAGGAUUAGAUUGUGUCUUUGAGCAUCUUCCAAAUCAUUGGAAGAUCAAAAUAUAGGCAUUUCCCUGGUCACUAAAUGAUUAAGGUUAAAACUAACCCAUGCCCUUAACACAUCUCACACAUUUUUUGAAUAAAAGAACAUGUACGUAUGCACCUGUCUGAAAUUAUGUGAAAAUAAAGAACAGAAGCUAUUACUCCUACCACAUGUGUUGAAGUGGUGAUAUUAAAGUGAAUUUUACUGAGAACCAA